CUGGAGCUUGAAGAAGAGCUUUUACGCCAGGAGUCUGGCGGAGGUCCAGUUACUGAACUCAGUCUUGCCAUUGCCACUACCCGGCUCAACUCGUGACUCCGCAGCCGAGUCCUGUCCUCAUUGGAGCUUUGGACACAACGGAACCAGUUCUCCAACGAGCAGAUCCCUAUCAAUGGCUUACAACACAUUUUAGUGAAACAAAAAGCCCGUCAAGCCAACGAUCCUUUCAGCGAAGCGGCCAAAGGCGGUUAUCGGCCACAAGCUUCCGUCCCCCCCCCCCCGCUUGCAAGUUAG